GUUUAUGGGGUUAACACAUAUUUAGGGUAUAGGGUUUCAUGUAGAACACAUCGGGAGACAAUCCUGGGGGUAAUUGGCUUCCUGGAGCAUACCUGAACCCUGCGAGGAACUGUUUGAGUAAUAGUGCAAAGAAAAGGUCGGACGACGUUGUGAUCAGAUGGCGUAACGAAGGAAGCGAUGAUCUUCCGGUCAACGCCAUGACGCUUCUUGAGUUACGGUCACAUGUUUGGUUAACUGCACAUGCUCUUAACGCUUUGGGUUUGGAGGAAGAGUCAGCAAUCGCUAUUGACAUGCCGAUGAACGUUGAGUCAGUGAUCAUAUACCUUGCCAUUGUUCUAGCUGGUCACGUUGUUGUUUCUAUAGCUGAUAGCUUCUCUCCCCGUGAAAUAUCGACGCCGCUUAAAAUUUCAAAAGCAAAAGCCAUAUUUACUCAGUGACUCAAUUACAUGCUGUAUACGGAGAAUGGAUGGAGAGAGACUCUUAGUUGGAGUUGAGAGAAUGUUCCCUGCUUAUGAUGGUUAUACACAUGGUGAACUUAUGCAUGUCACGAGUGAUCGACAAGUGCAGAACUUGAUUGAGUUAUUUAAUACACACUUAGUACGUCUUUAUGUAUCAAGCCAACGCUAAGUACACUACACAUUUUUGGUUUGGAUAUAUGUUAGAAACCAA